AUGACACCUACACGGAGAGCUACAUCAGCACCAUUGGAGUGGACUUCAAGAUCCGCACGCUGGAACAGGAUGCCAAGACCAUCAAGCUGCAGAUUUGGGACACAGCCGGCCAGGAGCGAUUCCGAACGAUCACGAGCAGCUACUACAGAGGUCGGGGUGGGCCGGUGUGAACAGCGGAGUCUGCGAAUCGCUGAUGAGCUUUUGGCCUUGCCAGUCCCCACGGCUCAGGCGCUCAUGGCAUCAUUGUGGUGUAUGACGCCGGAAGCUGAGCGGAUGGUACCCGCACAGAGAUCCUGGUCCUGCGUCAACAUGUAUGUAUUGCAGGAACCUCUGCUUCACAUGCGAAAAUGCUGUGCGCAAUACUUUUGUCCACACUCUCCAGGGUCUCUCUCGGCAGAAGGGCGCCUGUCGAUGUCAGUCAGCUAUUGCUGA